UCCAGGGUGUUUUUUUAGAGAGAGAAAGCUGUACAGUGUGUGUGUGUGUGUGUGUGUUGGAGUUAGAGAGAGAAAAGCUUCAGAAGAAUCAGAUAGGUUAGAUUUAUAUACUUAAAGAAUAGAUACACUUGUAGUUGGAGUUACACAUUAUUCUCUCUCUCACUCACACUCUCAGUGCUAGACAACGCACACACACAGAGGAAGAGAGAGAGAGAGAGAGAGAGAGAGAGAGAGAGAGAGAGAGAGAGAGAUGGAGGAUCUCGAGGAGGAAGAGAGCGGAGCAGAGGAGGUGUUGGGAUCAAGCUUGACCAUGGAGAAGGUGGCGGCGGCGAAGAAGUUCAUUGAGAAUCACUAUAGGGCACAGAUGAAGAACAUCCAGGAGAGGAAGGAGAGGCGUUGGGUUUUAGAAAGAAAGUUAGCUUCUUCAGAUGUGCCAAACGAGGAACGGAUCAACCUCAUCAAAGAUUUAGAGAGGAAGGAGACUGAAUAUAUGCGGUUGAAGAGGCACAAGAUCUGUGUUAAUGAUUUUGAGCUUUUGACCAUCAUUGGAAGGGGAGCUUUUGGGGAGGUUAGACUGUGUCGGGAGAAGAAAUCUGGAAAUAUUUAUGCCAUGAAAAAGCUGAAGAAAUCUGAAAUGCUUAGGAGAGGUCAGGUGGAGCAUGUUAGAGCUGAGCGAAACUUGCUGGCCGAAGUUGCCAGUCAUUGCAUUGUGAAACUUUACUACUCAUUUCAGGAUGCUGAUUACUUGUAUUUGAUUAUGGAGUAUCUGCCUGGGGGUGACGUUAUGACUCUGCUGAUGAGGGAAGACACCUUAAGUGAAAAUGUUGCCAGAUUUUACAUUGCACAGAGUGUUCUGGCAAUAGAAUCUAUUCACAAACAUAAUUACAUUCACAGAGAUAUUAAACCUGAUAACCUACUUCUGGACAAAAAUGGUCACAUGAAGCUAUCUGAUUUUGGCCUCUGUAAGCCUCUCGAUUGUAUUACCUUGUCUACACUGCAUGAAAAUCAGACCAUGGAUGAUGAAACUUUGGCAGAGCCAAUGGAUAUUGAUGGAUGUUUUCCUGAUGCGGACAAUCGAAGCAGUUGGAGAAGUCCACGUGAACAGCUUCAGCAUUGGCAGAUGAACAGGAGGAAGUUGGCAUUUUCAACUGUGGGGACACCCGACUACAUUGCUCCUGAAGUACUUCUUAAAAAGGGUUAUGGGAUGGAAUGUGAUUGGUGGUCACUAGGAGCAAUAAUGUACGAAAUGCUGGUCGGUUACCCUCCAUUUUACUCUGAUGACCCAAUAACUACAUGCAGAAAGAUUGUUCAUUGGAGAAAUCAUUUAAUAUUCCCAGAAGAUGCCCAAUUAACACUUGAGGCUAAGGAUCUAAUCUACAGGUUGCUAUGUGAUGUUGAUCAUAGAUUAGGUACACGAGGGGCACAUGAAAUCAAGGCUCAUCCUUGGUUCAAGGGAGUGGAGUGGGAUAAGUUGUAUGAAAUGGAGGCAGCAUUUAAACCUCAAGUCAAUGGGGAGUUGGAUACUCAAAACUUCAUGAAGUUUGAUGAGGUUGAUCCACCAACAGCAGCAAGAACUGGAUCCGGAUCCUCACGAAAGAUGCUUCUAACUACCAAAGAUCUAAACUUUGUUGGUUACACUUACAAGAACUUUGAUGCUGUAAAGGAAGGACUUCGUCAUUCCACAGACUUAGAGAAGAGUAUCUCUGCUGCCAAUAUUGUAGCCGGGGCCACAGAUAUGGGGAAGUCAAAUGUGGAGAUAGAUAUUAUGAAUGAACCCCUAGCCGAAGCACUGAGCCUAGAAGAAGAAAUAGGAGUUAGAUCUGGCCCAAAGCCUACUACAGCUGUCCUAAAUCAACGACCUCUGGAAAGAGCUGUGAGUGGAACAGUUGGGCGAAGUGUUUUUGAAUUAGAUUGUACUCCACUUUGGGGAUUUACAUCUAUGUGUGGAAAAAGGCCAGAGAUGGAAGAUGCAGUUGCAACUGUACCUCAAUUUUUUAAAAUUCCUAUUCAAAUGCUAAUAGGUGAUAGGGUACCUGAUGGAAUAAACAAAUGUUUCAGUCAGCAGACAAUACAUUUCUUUGGAGUCUAUGAUGGCCAUGGUGGCUCUCAGGUAGCAAAUUAUUGUCGUGAGCGCAUGCAUUUGGCGUUGGCUGAGGAAAUAGAAUUUAUCAAGGAAGCUUUAAAAGCUGGAAGUACCAAGGAUGAUUGUCGAGAUCAGUGGAAAAAAGCUUUCACCAAUUGCUUUUUGAAGGUUGAUGCUGAAGUUGGGGGGAAAGUUAAUUGUGAGCCUGUUGCCCCAGAAACCGUUGGGUCAACUGCUGUUGUUGCUAGUAUAUGUUCGUCUCAUAUCAUAGUUGCAAACAGUGGUGAUUCAAGAGCAGUUCUGUGUCGUGGUAAAGAACCCAUGGCGCUAUCUGUUGAUCAUAAACCAAAUCGUGAUGAUGAAUAUGCAAGAAUUGAGGCAGCUGGAGGAAAGGUGAUACAAUGGAAUGGUCAUCGCGUAUUUGGAGUUCUUGCAAUGUCAAGGUCUAUUGGUGACAGAUAUUUGAAGCCAUGGAUUAUUCCAGAUCCUGAAGUUACAUUUCUUCCUCGUGCAAAAGACGAUGAAUGUCUCAUUCUGGCUAGUGAUGGCUUGUGGGAUGUCAUGACAAAUGAAGAGGUGUGUGACCUGGCUCGAAGACGUAUACUUCUCUGGCACAAGAAAAAUGGCUUGGAACUGCCCCCAGAAAGGGGAGGGGGAAUUGAUCCUGCUGCACAAGCAGCUGCAGAAUACCUAUCAAACCGUGCUCUUCAGAAGGGAAGCAAAGAUAACAUCACUGUUAUUGUGGUGGACUUGAAAGCUCAGAGAAAAUUUAAGAACAAGACAUGACUGUUUCUUCAACUGCACCUGAGUGUUUGAAGAUAAUGGAAAGCUGAACAUGAUCCCAUAUAGUUUCUCUGCCCAUAAAUUUUUCAUCUGGGCAUUUCAUGGCUCGAGAAUAGCACCCUGUACUAUAUAAUACAACCACCUUUCCCUAGAACUCUCAAUUGAUUAAGAGUUUUUCCUUGUUGUACACUGCCGCAUUGGAGCUAUGUAAAUCUUCGCUGCUUGUUGUAGUGGGUAUAGGAGACCAGUUCCAUGCCAUCUGUCAGCAUAUUGUAUUCAUUAUUAUGCCUCCGAGAACAAAGGCUCUGUGAGGUAUUUACUUCAUAUUAUUUUAACUUGUGUUGUUUAUAAAAAAGUAGUAGCUAAUUGGCCUUGUGGUUUAGAAGUUGUGAUCCAUUGUAGAAUUUGGUGUUACAUCAUCCCUUCUGAGUUGUGUCGGUGGUGGAUUGAUAUCAUUGGUCAUGACCCAAUUUCAGUAGUUGUACUGCAAUUAUGAUGGUGGAGAACAAUUAUAGGCAAGGUUGCUUAAGAAAAGUCCCUGCUUUCUUUUUUUUAUUCGGGUGGUUUGCCUAUGCUUCUCAUGUAUUUUCCUUUGAAUUAUGAGAUUAUAAACUGGAAUCUGGCUUAUCAUG